AUGAGCGAUACUUGCUCUUCCAAAAGAUUUGCGCAGUUAAAUAUAGAGAUCAUCAAUACGCAAGCUGAUCCUUGGCCACUACUAACCUAUCCAGUGGUACAAAACAGCCUCUUUGUUAAAUCUUGGAACAUCUUACGGCCUAUCGUCCAAGCUAUUCUUGGGGAAACUGAUUGGGCCCUAGUAUAUGUUAUUCGCCGGAUGGAGGAGCAUUGCGAUAGAGAUCCAAUAACUAUUACUAUCACCGUUGCUGAAGAUUCCACCAAAGAAUGGACUUACGGACCGGUUGGGAAACAAUACUCUCUCGAGUACCAUGACCUACAUAUAUUCAGAGACAAGAUUGGGCAGCUACUGGAUAGUCGUAGUAUAGCAAAAUUGUCGUCAAUAUAUGCCGCGGCAACAUCUGGCACACCUAUAAAGAAGCCCGCAGCAACACUUAGAGAGUUUAUUAAUCUCCUGCAGGAGGCCUCAGGAUCCUGGGAGAGAUUCGGUAUAACGAACAUCCUUUGCGUUGUUGCAGAAGUUGGAUUUCACUCUUUGUAUAACGGAUAUUCGCAAACCAAGGGUAGUGAGCUUGAAAUAGCCGUUCUUGAGACUACUUCUUUUGGAGAAUCAGCAGUGUCUUGCCCUGCUUAUACUGCUUCUUGGCCCAGGGUUAAUCCACAAGAACGCCCACACUGGGUCUUAGUGGACAUUGCUGACCAUCUUAUCACAGAAAUAAGUAUAGAUAGUGUUGACCUAAAUUAUAAGGCCUCAUAUAUCCCCCCAGGACCAGUUAUGACUGGCACAGCAACAAUAGCUGAUGGUGAGCGCCUGCUCAGGAUGAAUAGGGAACUGGGCUUACUGGAAGGCUACAAGAAUAUGUUGGGAAACCGCACCGAUAGCAAUACAUCAUGGAAAUGCAAAUCGUUCGGCGACCUAAGAGACUCAGGAAGUUUUAUAAUAGGCAGGAAGGGGCAAUUCGUCGGGCUCUAUGUUGGAGACGAUAGAAAUUGCGGACUCAUUAUCGAAAGCCUCUUUGAGGAUAUCAAAAGGGUCACGAAAUGCCACGAUGUUUGGAUAUGA